UACAGAAUUAACUACAGAUAAGAUUAGAUUUGUAAAACUUGAAGAUCAAAUCAAUCGGCAACUACCAUCUAACCAACUAAAAUUUCCAUGUAGAAAUACAUUCCUUAAUGGCACUAAAAAACAUCUUUUGCUUGUACAUAAUAAGAAUGGGAUUCAUUCUUCCCAUCCAUCAAUAUUUUCCAAGAAUAUAUACAAAUAAGUGCUUUUUAGUUUCUUAGCAAAUUAAAGAUGGUUCCCAAGGCUUUCCCUCUCCUGAAUAUUGCUCUGGUCUUUCUUCUUCUCAUCUCUUCUUUGACAGCAGCAGCUAGAGGUCUAUCAUCUACCACAACUUUCCUCCCUAUGACAAAAGCAGAUGUAAUGGCAACAAGUAAUGGUGAAUACAAAGAAAAUCAUCAUGGUGAUGAAGGAGAUGGAUCGACUUGCCACUAUGGUUGCUGCAUUAUUAUUGGUAACUGUGGAAUAGGAUGCAUAAAGUGCUGCUCUUAUGCUGGCGAUGCUGUUCAUGCACAAACUAGAUGCUGAUCAUGCACAAACUAAAUUCAAGCCACACUACCAGUGCUGCGGCUUUUAAUCUUGUAUAACAAAUAAAAAUGCUAUUCGUUGAUGAUGAUAGAACUAGUUAUUGUAUUUUGAUACAUUUGAUUUUUAGAGUUUUACAAUUUAAA